AAUUUAGAUCACCUAAGAAUAAGAUGGCCGCUAUCUCGUGUUGUAAAACUGAUUAUCAAGAGUUAAACUGCACCACUAGGGCCUCCAUUAAAAAUGUUCUAGGGAAGAAUAAUCUGAAGUUUGAGAAAGGAAGAGCAUUCUACCAACUCAUGAAACCUGAAAUUAUUCAGGAUUAUAAAGAAGUGAUUGUUCGCCGGAAAAUUGAUGGAAACCUAAUUUCUGGAGAAAAGGUUAGAGAUUUGUUGGAGAUACCCUUGACCAAUCCCAAAAAGUUCAAGUUUGAUGUGUCUACAGUGCCUGAUUUUGAUGUAUUUAUUCAGAGCACUUCACAUAACAGAGUCUGUAUGCCAGGCACCCUCCUGCUCUACAAAAUUACUGGACUGGAUGAAGGAGAUGAAGCAACAGUCACUGAAGUUUCUGUAGCUCCUAAAUCUUCAGGAGUUAAAACCACAGUACCUCCAGCCCCUGAGGUCAGUGGUAAAAUAACACGCAAGAGAAAAUGUAUGGAAGAAAUUUCAGAGAAAAUUGCUGACAAAGUCACUAAGAGGGGAAAGAAAGGAACUCCACUUAAAGCUGCCAAGGCCAGUGUUGUACCCGAGCCAGUCACAACUUCUGAAACUGCUAAAAAGCCAUCUAAAAACAGUCUUGUAACCGAGCCAGUCAAAACUACUGAAACUGCUGAAAAGCCAGCUGAAACCAAAGGAAAUGCUCCAAAACCUGCCCCAAAAAAGUCAAAUGGAGGGGAAAAGGUUGAAGUGGUGUUUAGUUUUGACACAACAGGUUCAAUGUAUGCUUGUUUGGCAGAAGUAAGAACAGGAAUAAAGAUUGCUAUAAGAAGGCUCAAGCAGGAAGUACCUGGGAUUCGUAUUGGAGUAAUUGCCCAUGGAGAUUAUUGCGACAAGCACUCAACCUAUGUCACAAAAAUUAAGGAGUUAACUGAUAAUGAAGCUGAGCUGUGUACCUUUGUAGAAACUGUAGGAUCGACUGGAGGAGGGGACGCUGAUGAAUGUUAUGAACUUGUUCUUAGAGAAGCCAGAACUAAACUCUCCUGGACAAAGGAUUCUGCUAAAUCCGUUGUCAUGAUUGGGGACUGCAAUCCGCAUGAACCAAACUAUGCAUUAAAUAGGGAGAAUAUAAACUGGCGAAAUGAGUGUGUAGAGCUGAAGAAAGCAGGUAUACGAGUGUAUGCUGUUCAGGCACUCAAUAGGUCCGAGUCAACUCAUUUCUACAGGACUUUGGCAGCCAUGACAGAUGGAUUUCAUUUGAGAUUAGAUCAGUUCUCCUCUAUUGUCAACUUCAUGAUGGCUAUCUGCUUCAGAGAGGGUGGAGGGGAUACACUAGAUAUAUUUGAAGAUGAAGUAUUGACAGGAAGCAACAGUAGAAAUAGAGAACUACACAGGUUGUUUGACACAUUGCAAGGACGCCCUUCUUCUGAUAGUACAGAUUACCGAGCUGAUGGUCUUAUUCCAGUCAGCCCUUCAAGAUUCCAGGUUCAUACACUAGAUAUAUAA